AAGCCCACGGAAGCACCCCCGAAAGGCCCCUGACCAGAAGACGCCAAGGCGCCCGCGCCGCCGCUGCUCCGACACUUUCACCACCUAUUUCCCCCGGGUUCUGAAGAACGUUCACCAGGGCCCGAGCCUGUCGCGGGAGGCCGUGAGCGUCAUGGAUUCGUUCGUGGAGGACAUCUUCCAGCGCAUCGCCGAAGAGGCCUCGCGCCUGGCCCGCAAAACCCAGCGCGCCACCAUGACCUCCAGAGACAUCCAGACGGCCGUGAGGCUGCCCCUGCCCGGGGAGAUGGGCAAGCACGCCUUGUCCGAGGCCACCAAGACCGUCCUCCGAAGUUCAUUAUGUCUGAUACGACAACAGAUAAAGUGCAGAAGCAGUUACAAGAAUCCAUCCGUCUUCUGUCAGGUCGGAUAG